AUGUCAGAAAAGAGAGGUUUUGGAUCAAAGUUGUCGUCCAUAUUCAACCAGGGCCAUGGCUCGCCUAAUGAUAAAAAGCCACAUGGAAAUUCGACACGAGGCAUUUCACCGUCCCCGUCACAAUCUCCCAAGCCACGGCCGCUUAGUAAACCCCACUUGAAUAAUCGCUCUAGCUCAGCUACCCUAAACUCGUCACUACAUCCAACCAACCAUGGUGUCCACUCCUUACAUUCAAAAUCUUCUGCUAGCACAUUGAGAGCAAAUGUACCUAGUGGCACCCAACACUCCGCACUUGCUGGGUCUCAUGUACCGCAUCCACAAGUAAACAUUACACAACCGGACCAUGAAAUGAUCUCUGGAAAGAGCAAUCCUGAAACUUAUGAUCACCAAACAAGGAGCACCCUCUAUGGUCCCAAUGUGUCCUCGUUGCAUCAAGAAGAGGAAACAAAACCCAGCCUAUAUCCAUUCAACUCGCUACAUCCUUCAACUAGCGCCAACUCCACAAGCCCGAAACCACAAUCUUUGAGGAGAAAGCCACCUAGCGAUUUGGACUCCUUUGAUUUUGCAGUUAAUGACCAAAAGUCUGACAGGACUAGUGGAAGUGCUAGAUCAUUAUCACGGACAAUAAAUUCCCAUCUGGAUAAAAUAGGAACUGGAAUUACGGCAGAUAUCCUUGGUGAUUUGGAAUCCGAGAUUGACCAUUUUCUACAGCUUGAUAAAUCGGAUAGCAGCGAGAUUAGAUACACUCCAACUGACGGUAGAUCAAUCAGCGAUAGUGUUUACUUUGAUCGUGAAUAUGACGAAUCACACCCCGAUUUCGUGCAUGAGUUGAAUUUGAAUAGAUCAAAAGCUUUUGAUCAACUAGAGGAAACAGUGGAAGGAUCACAGAUGCAUACCCAACAAACUCCAUACCCGAUAGACUCCUUUUUGGACUCUCCAUCGGAGUCACCUACUCGCACACCAGCGGAUUCUUUGGAGAACUCUCCUCAAAUCAUACAAAACUACAUGAUGGAUACUCGUGGUCUAGAGCAAGUCAAUCCAUUUGAAAUGACGUUAAGUAAACAAUUAUCGGAACAACGCAACGCCUUCGAUGCCCCCAUAUCUUCACAAUCAUCCGUUUAUUCAUCCACAUCUCCCAGUAGACAAAAGGCGCAAUAUGAAACCUCAACAAAUCCAUCUUCUGAUACAAUGCCGGUGUCUACUACUACACAGAGUGUCCGUUCACCAGUAUCGAGGUCAUCGACUAACACAUCGAGAAUACCGUCAUCCGCCCUACCUAAUCAGUCACCCACACAUUCAAUUCAUCAGCAACUGCAAUCUCUACAACGGGCGCAAGGAAUGCAGCAAGCUAACCACCCACCUCAGCCCCGUCAGCCUCCACAAUCUGCCUUGCAACAUACCUCAACUGACACAUCAGGAUUUUCCUUUUCUCACGCAAACUCGAUGAAAAGCUACAAUACACUGAACACGCACCGCAACUUUCACCGAAAUUCAAGUUCUGUGGGCUCUAUAAAGAGCUCCAACUCUUACAAAAACGUUAAUCUCGCUAGCUUAAAAAGAUCGUUAAGUUUGAAGCCGGGCGAAGGUGAAAGAUCAAACUAUGUUUUAGCCAUACGAAGAAGUGCAGGAACUGCAUUUAAUGAGCUGGGCCCAUCAAGGUGGAAAUUACCUGUUGGUAUAUUGCCAGUAGACAAAACCGCAACCAAGGAGAACUCCAAUGGGAAAUACAAGCGACUUGCUGGAAACCUUAGUGGAAGUAAUUCUCGUAAAAAGACUAGUGGUGUUGAGUUGAAACAUGGACAUUUGAAACCAAGACUAUUAGCAGCAGAGAUUGAUGAAGGCGAUGAUGGCUAUGUUGGCAUUGGGCUUACAAGGACCACUACUACAACAAAUCCAUCUGUUGCCAAUACUUUUAGUUCUCGUAACCAAUCCGUUAGUACAAAGGCCUCUCGGGAAAAUUCGUUAAAGAGAACUACCACCGAUGGGUCUGUGCUUACAGGGGACACUCAAAGUAUUGUUAGUAGUGCCACAGGAAGUACAAAGGGCAAUACCAAUGAAGCAAGUCUCCAUAGGACAGAUUCAAUUGUGUCGAGUGAAUCAUCUGGAAGUUUGUCAGACAAGAUUACUGGCUACUACCAGCAUCGUGGAUAUAAGUAUGGUGAUAUUGAUGAAGAAUCGGAGGACAAGAGCAGUGCAGAGAGUCCAGGUGCUCUGCAUAAUGGAUCCAGUCUCAAUGGAUUCAACUCUUAUGAUUCCUAUGGAAAACAGGAAAAGUAUGAUGACUAUGAAGAAAAUGACCGUCCAAGAUUGGUUCUUGCCAAUCCUGAUAAUGAUAGUGAUACCGAGUAG